AUGUUCUCAAACUCAACACCUUUAACAUCAAAUAAGUCAUUUUUGGACAAAUAUUUAUCAUUAAAACAACCAAAUGACAAGAUUCAGGUGACCUAUGUCUAUGAACACCCGGGAAAUAAGGGAACAGGUGGUCAAUUUCACCCACAACUUAGCGGCAAAACAAGAGUUGUCAACUUUGUACCCAACGAUGCCUCAGAGCUACCGGUGUGGACACAGGGUGUUCCAUAUUCAGCAACUAUUGAACUGUUUUUAAAACCAGUCCACUUAUAUAACGACCCGUUUAGAGGGGGAAACAAUAAACUUGUAUUGUGUGAGAUAUUAUCCGAUGAUAUGAAACCACAUAUCAUUAAUAAAAGGCACAGUUGUGUUGAGGCCAUGAAGUUGGCUAACUAUCAGAGACCGUGGUUUGGUUUUGAGCAGGAAUACUAUUUAUUGGAAGGUUGGGAUAUCCGUCAACCUUUAGGUUGGCCAGUAAGAGGAUACCCUCCGCCAGCAUUUGAUCCAUUAGUGAAUUAUCAUUCGGGUAUUGGUCCGUAUCGUGUGUGUGGUCGAGAUAUAGUUGAAGCUCAUUUCAGAGCCUGUCUGUAUGCAGGCGUUAAUAUUAGUGGUGAAAACGCUGAGGGAGCUCUGUCUCAAUGGGAAUAUCAGAUUGGCCCGUCUGAAGGUAUUACCAUCGCUGAUGACAUUAUAAUGUCUCGAUAUAUACUUUACAGAGUGGCCGAAGAUUUACGUGUAGGCGUAACUUUUGAUCCGAAGCCAGUGGCCGGUUGGUUGGGUUCGGGCGGACACAUGAACUUUAGUACAGAUGCUAUGAGAAGUAAAGGCGGUUUGAAACAUAUUGAACGGGCAAUUGAAAGAUUGGGUAAAAGACAUGAUUAUCAUAUGAGACAAUACGCUCCUUACGAUGGACGGGACAAUGAGAUCCGACUAAGAGAUGCUUUUUAUGCGCCAAAAUCUGAUGGUUUCACUUAUGGUAUUGGCGAUAGAUCGGCCAGUAUUCGCAUACCGAAACAGGUGGCCAUUGAUGGUUAUGGAUAUUUUGAGGACAGACGUCCCGCAGCCAACUGUAAUCCUUAUCAAGUGUCAGAAGCGUUGGUGCGAACGUGUUGUCUAAAUGAAUGA